UACUUAUGCCCUGGUGACCAGAUUGGCGGGGCUCCCUGAGGUCAGCUGGCGUUUUCAUUGUCCCAGCCUCACAGAGCAUGUGUCCUUCUCUCAGCACACUUCCUGCCAUGAGGGAGGAUGAUCCCAGUCUGACCUCUGAGAAACCUGGAUUCAUGCACUUCUCUUUCAAAAAGGGGCUUAUCGCCCCAAAGGAUCUGCCAAGGCCAUGUCUGUUCCAUCGUCACUGAGCCAGUCGGCCAUUAAUGCCAACAGCCACGGAGGCCCUGCACUGAGCCUACCCCUGCCCUUGCACGCUGCUCACAACCAGCUGCUCAACGCCAAGCUGCAGGCCACAGCUGUGGGACCCAAGGACCUGUGUAAUGCCAUCGGGGACGGUGGUGGGCCUGAGCCAGGCCCUGCCAACGCCAAGUGGCUAAAGGAGGGCCAGAACCAGCUCCGGCGGGCUGCCACAGCCCACCGUGACCAGAACCGCAACGUGACCUUGACCCUGGCGGAGGAGGCCAGCCAGGAUCCUGAAACAGCACCCUUGGGCCCCAAAGGUCUGAUGCAUCUAUACUCUGAGCUGGAGCUCUCGGCCCGAAAUGCAGCUAACCGAGGCCUUCGAGGACCUGGCCUGAUCAUCAGCACCCAAGAGCAUGGGCCAGAUGAGGGAGAGGAGAAGGCGGCAGGGGAGGCUGAGGAUGAUGAUGAAGAUGAGGAUGACGAGGAGGAAGAGGACUUGUCUUCCCCCCCCGGGCUACCUGAGCCCCUGGAGAGUGUGGAGGUCCCUGCUGGGCCCCAGCCUCUUACAGAUGGCCCUCGGGAACAUAGCAAGAGUGCCAGCCUCCUAUUUGGCAUGCGGAACAGUGCAGCCAGUGAUGAGGACUCAAGCUGGGCUACCUUAUCCCAGGGCAGUCCCUCCUAUGGCUCCCCGGAGGAAACAGCAGAUUCCUUCUGGAACCCCAACGCCUUCGAGACGGAUUCCGAUCUGCCAGCUGGAUGGAUGAGGGUCCAGGACACCUCAGGGACCUACUACUGGCAUAUCCCGACAGGGACCACCCAGUGGGAGCCCCCUGGCAGGGCCUCUCCCUCACAGGGGAGCAGCCCCCAAGAGGAGUCCCAGCUCACCUGGACAGGCUUUACCCAUGGAGAAGGCUUUGAGGAUGGAGAGUUUUGGAAGGAUGAACCCAGGGAGGAAGCUUCGAUGGAGCUGGGACUAAAGGAGCCUGAGGAGGGGGCAUUGCCCUUUCCAACUCAGAGCCUCAGUCCAGAGCCAUUGCCCCAAGAGGAGGAGAAGCUGCCUCCACGGAAUGCCAACCCAGGGAUCAAGUGUUUCGCCGUGCGCUCCCUAGGCUGGGUAGAGAUGACUGAGGAGGAGCUGGCCCCAGGACGCAGCAGUGUGGCCGUCAACAAUUGCAUCCGUCAGCUCUCCUACCAUAAAAAUAAUCUGCAUGACCCCAUGUCUGGGGGCUGGGGAGAGGGAAAGGAUCUGCUGUUGCAACUGGAAGAUGAGUCGCUGAAGCUGGUGGAGCCACAGAGCCAGGCACUGCUGCACACCCAGCCCAUCGUCAGCAUUCGAGUGUGGGGCGUCGGGCGGGACAGUGGAAGAGAGAGGGACUUUGCCUACGUAGCUCGUGAUAAGCUGACCCAGAUGCUCAAGUGCCACGUGUUUCGCUGUGAGGCACCUGCCAAGAACAUCGCCACCAGCCUGCAUGAGAUCUGCUCUAAGAUCAUGGCUGAACGGCGCAAUGCUCGCUGCUUGGUGAAUGGACUCUCCCUGGACCACUCUAAACUCGUGGAUGUCCCUUUCCAAGUGGAAUUUCCUGCACCCAAGAAUGAGUUGGUACAGAAGUUCCAAGUCUAUUACCUGGGGAAUGUGCGUGUUGCUAAACCUGUUGGGGUAGACGUGAUUAACGGGGCCCUAGAGUCAGUCCUGUCCUCCAGAAGCCGUGAGCAGUGGACCCCAAGUCAUGUCAGCGUGGCCCCUGCCACCCUCACCAUUGCGCACCAGCAGACAGAGGCGCUGCUGGGGGAGUGUCGGGUGCGCUUCCUCUCCUUCCUGGCUGUGGGCAGAGAUGUCCACACGUUUGCAUUCAUCAUGGCUGCCGGCCCAGCCACCUUCUUCUGCCACAUGUUCUGGUGUGAGCCCAAUGCCGCCAGCCUCUCUGAGGCCGUGCAGGCUGCGUGCAUGCUCCGCUACCAGAAGUGUCUGGAUGCCCGCUCCCAGACCUCCACCUCCUGCCUCCCAGCACCCCCUGCGGAAUCCGUAGCCAGGCGUGUAGGGUGGACGGUGCGCAGGGGUGUUCAGUCGCUGUGGGGCUCCCUCAAGCCCAAACGUCUGGGGGCUCAGACCCCGUGAAGAAGCCCCUCCUCCCCCCUCCUGCUUGUGUAGAGCCCCAGGGAACUCAGGGGUGUAGGGCAGGAAGGGGCACUGAUGCUGUUCCUAGGCCUCAGGUCUCCCAAGCUACCCCUCCUUAGGAGCUGAGGUUCCCUGCCUAGGGGCUGGGGGAGAGAGCUGAUGCCAUCGAGGGAGCGAUAGCACUGGAUUAAUGACAAGAGGAGCAAGAAGCAAGGCCAGCCCCAGGCUCUCCAUCCUCAGUGUUUGGGUAGAGCAGGAGAAACUGGUCUGAGCCAGGCCCCAUCCUCAAAAGGCCCAGAAGGUCAGGAGGAGGACAGGACUAGUCUAGGCAUGGGUCCCCUCUCCCCUGCUCUGCGGGCACCUCCGCUGUACUGAUAUCACUAAUAAAGCCUGUCUCGCUGCCGUG